GUGGCGAUUAGGACGAGUGACUUGGAAGAGAGAGAGGAGGGGGCGUUUAGGGGGUUUUGGUCAAGCUGUAGUCUAGUGCUUUGGGAGGGUGAGAUAGUGGAGCCCUUCUGAAGCAAAGAAUCAAAAAAGGUAGAAGACUGGCUUUGAGGCACAAGGUCUUCUUUAAGGUCCUGGCAAAUAUCUACUUGAAAGAAACUGUUUUCCUCUUGAGUCUGACAACGUUUUGGAGAGUGUACGCUGUCAUUGUGUCUUGAAGACGUUUCCCUAGAUGCUCUGGAAUUAAAAAAGCCCCUAAUGGAGAAAUUCCAGGCUGGAAUGAUCCUGGGCGCAGUCGGAGAUGCCCUUGGAUAUCGCAACGGCAGCUGGGAGUGGUGCCUUUCAGGACCUCAGAUCCAGAAGGAGCUCUCUGCUCUUGGUGGGCUGGAGGCCCUUAAACUGGACCCAGAUAACUGGCCCUGGAGUGACGGGGCAAUGAUGCAUAUGAUCACAGCUGAGGCCCUUGUCACAGACUACUGGUGUCUGGAGGAUCUAUACAGAGAGUUGGUGCAGCUGUACGUGGAGGCCAUGGUGUCCCUGAAGGGCCGAAUUUCUGACCCAGGCACAGUCGAAGGCUGUGCUUCCCUCAAACCUCACAAUUUCCUGCUUGCCUGGCACACGCCUUUUAAUCAGAGAGGCUCAGGUUUUGGAGCGGCCACAAAGGCUAUGUGUGUGGGGAUGCGCUAUUGGCAGCAAGAAAGACUGGACACCCUAGUGGAAGUGAGCAUUGAAACAGGCCGGAUGACCCAUAACCACCCUCUUGGGUUUCUAGGCUCUUUGUGCACUGCCCUCUUUGCUUCAUAUGCUUUACAAGGCAAGCCGGUGGUGAACUGGGGCCGUGAUUUCAUGAAGGUGAUCCCGAUGGCAGCAGAUUACUGCAGGAAAACAAUACGCCACAUGGCAGAAUACCAGGAGCACUGGUUUUACUUUGAGGCCAAGUGGCAGUUUUAUUUGGAGGAGAGGGGCAUAGAGGAGGAAGGCAAGAACAAGCCCCUUUUUCCUAAUAGCUAUGAUGCAGAGGAAACUGAUAAGGUGUAUAAGCGCUGGAGCUCAGAAGGACGAGGUGGGCGAAGGGGCCACGAUGCUCCUAUGAUUGCCUAUGAUGCUCUGAUGGCUGCAGGCUCGAACUGGGGCGAGCUGUGUAAACGGGCCAUGUUUCAUGGAGGAGAGAGCAGUGCUACAGGUCUGAUCGCUGGCUGUCUGUAUGGGCUGCUCUAUGGGCUGAGCCAGGUGCCAGCUGGACUGUACCAAGACCUCGAUAAGAGGGAGAAACUGGAGGAGCUAGGAGCCAAACUAUACCAGGCCGCAGCUGCAGAGAAAGUACUCAGAGAAACCAGAGCGGGAGGGGCAUCAAGGAGCUGUUGCCACAGAGACCAACACAACAGUGAAUGUCAGGACACUUAAACGGCUUGUCUUGGAUCGUUCCACCGAUCCAGUGGUAAGAGAGAUUCUGGAAACUCUACUGCAGUACUUCACCCAAGAGCUCCCAAGUUGGGGUCGACAGAGCCAGGAGAAGACAAUGAAAAGGGACAGCGUAUGUAGGAAUCGCAAGAAAUCUUCAGGGAAUAUUGUUCCUCGACGCCUUACCACUUUUCAGCUUUUGCAGUCCAAGUUUCUCAUGGCCACCCCAAAGCCAGCAGUAACCCAUCGGAGGGAAGUGGGUUCUUUGAAUUUAAAAGGGCUCCAAGGAACCAAGGAAGUGGACAGACCCGGUGAUAUAGGGCGAGUGGUUAAGGGAGGGAGGUCAAAGGUGCAGGACAUGAUCGCCAAGUUUGCAGCAGUCGAGCAGAAAGAGAGAGGGCUUGAGGCCAGGAAUGUGCAAGAGCCACAGAGACUACUCAGACAGAUCAGCAAGGGUCCCCUUUUGUCUGGUAUCAUGAAGAAGUUCGAGGCCUUGGCAAAAGUGCAAAGUAGAAGUGAUUUAAUUGAGAGCAAGAAGCAAAAACGUACAGAUGUACUGUGUAAACAAAAGAAAGCUCAAGAUUUAGGGAUUCUUGACAAACAACUGUGCAUUCUAAAUCAAGAAACAGAUGAUUAUUCAAGCUCAAAGGUGAACAACAAUAAUGUUGUGGAGCACCAAGGUACUCUGCCAGCAGUAGAAGGAACACAGUGCAGUUCAGAGGAACAAGCUAUUGCUUCUAAAAAACUCAACAAUGAUGUAGGCAUAUUGAGCCAGGUGAACAAUGAUUUAGAUAUCUCCAGCCAGGUGAAAAGUGAUGUAGAAAUCUCAAGCCAGGUGAACAAUGAUGUCAUUGUUUUGGGCCAGAAAAACAGCUCUGUAGAGAUCUCAGGCCAGGUGAAAAAAGAUGUUGAUAUGUCUGGCCAGGUGAACAAUGAUGUAUUCAUCUCUUGCCAGGUGAACAAAGAUACAGAUAUUUUGGGCCAGGUAAAUGAUGAUGCACAUAUCUUAGGCCAGCCGAACAAUGAUAUAGAUAGUUUGGACCAGGUGAACAAUCAUGUAGAUACUGCAGGCCAGUUAAACAAUAUUGUAGACAUGUCUGGCCAGUCUCUGGGUCACCAGGUAAAUGAUCAUGUAGAUAUCUCGGGUCAGCUGAACAACGAUGUAGAUACCUUGGGCAUGGUGAACAAUCAUGAAGAUACCUCAGGCCAGUUGAACAAUGAUGUAGACAUUUUGGGCCAAUCACUGACUCAACAGAAAAAAGAUCUGAUAGUGCAGCAGAAUUUGAGGUAUGCAAGAG